AUGGAUGCAACAAAAUCAGAUAUUAUUAUUGCUUCUUUUAAUUGUCGUUCCAUUAAAAGAUCUUUAGAACAUGUUCGUUCUUUAUGUAAAAUAAGUGACAUACUAGUACUGCAAGAGACAUGGUUAUUACCACAUGAUAUUGAUUUUAUCCACCGAGUCGAUGAGGACUUUGGAUGCUUUGCAAAAUCUUCAGUCGACACCUCGACUGGUAUUAUGCGGGGGCGUCCCUACGGAGGAUUAGCGUUAUUUUGGCGUAAAUCAAUUUUCUUAAAAGCAACGAUUAUUGAAUGCUCUAAUAACAGACUAGCGGCUAUGCGACUGGACUUUGGGGACAAUCGUCAAUUGCUUAUCAUAAAUGUCUAUAUGCCAACGGACCAGGAUGAAAACUUGUGUGAGUUUACUGCGACUCUUGCUAACAUAAAAGCUAUAAUCGAUGAUAAUGAAAUUGAAACCGUUUUUGUGCUAGGUGACUUUAAUGCUCAUUGUGUAUCUCGUUUCGGUGAUGAACUAAUGUCGUUUUGCGCAGAGCAUUCGCUGCUGUGUGUGGACUAUGAUGUAUUAGGUAAGGACUCUAAUUCAUAUACCUAUGGUAAGCUUCGUGGUCCUUGGGCUGUGGGUGGUGGGGAGGGAGGGGGUGACGCCGCGCCACGCAGUAGCGGCGGAGGAGAAAGGUCCAAGUUAUUUAUGUGGAGGCCGACGCGGGCCGAUGUUAUACAAACGUUUACU